CUUCCUUUCACUUUCCAAGUUAACAACUGCUGCAAGAUGAAAAGACAUAUAGAAGUUUGAAAUUUUAAAAAUGGACAGAAAAGCUACAAUGAAACCCUGUAGCUCUUUUACUGCAGCAAUUAGGUGUGGAGCUUGCUAUGUAACAUCCUGAAGAAGUUUUUCCAACUUUCUUGAUAAAUUUGGAGACAUCUUUUGGAGGGCAGAAUACAUCUUUCAGAUUCUUGACAAAAGCAAAGACUUGUUUUGGAGGCAGAACACAGCACAAAACUUCUCAGCUGGAUCAGCCAGAAAUUUCUAAUCCCCAUUAUUCCAGAGAAAAGCCUGGACAAGGUUGGGAAAUACUGACAUAAAUGUCACCAUGUGCAGCUUAUGCAUCAAGGAAUUGAAUUUCCACCGUAGUGAAGUGCCAAAAAUCCUGUUCUGAUGUUUAAAGAACAGCCACUUAAAUGAUGAGGAAGAAAAAAAUCCCACUUGGUUCCUGUGACAAACAUAUGAGGCUCGUUGUCCAUGAUUUGGUGAAUACUUUUCUGCCUUCCCCUUGUGCUUCUGGAUCAAAUCUCCAUGAGGAAGAUGCCUUCCUCAUUGUGCCAGAUCUCCAGAGUCUCCACAUCGCUGCCUGGUUUUCUCACAUUCUUCAUUACUUUUCAUAUUUGCAAACUGGAAUCAGCCCUGUUUACAGUUGUUGGACCUGAUCAGCCAAUCACUGCCAUUGUGGGGGAAGAGAUCGUAUUGCCAUGCCGCCUGUCCCCCAGCAUGAGCGCUGAGAACAUGGAAGUGAGGUGGUUCCGGUCUGAGUUUAAAAAUGUUGUGCAUCUGUACCGCGAUGGGAGAGAUCAGUUUGGAGGACAGAUGCCAGAAUACGAGAGAAGGACAGUGUUUUGGAAAGAUGACAUCACAGAUGGAAAUGUUUCUUUGAUGAUUCUCAAUAUUCGGCCUUCAGAUGAAGGGCAAUACACCUGCCUUGUUGAUGAUGAUAUUACUUCUGAAGCAGCUGUAAUAGAUCUGAAGGUAGCAGCUUUAGGCUCUAAUCCUGUUAUCUCUGUGGAGGAUUACCAGAAGGGCGGGAUCCGCGUGACGUGUCGAUCAGCUGAGUGGUACCCGGAGCCCCAGGCGCUGUGGAGAAAUGGCCAGGGGCAUCAUAUAGCAUCGCUUUCUGAAAUCAAAUCCCCAAAGGUGAAUGGCCUGUUUGAAACAGAAAUUUCUGUUGUCAUAAGCGGACAUCCAAACCUGAACUUGUCCUGUUGGAUCAGGAACAGCCUCCUUGACCGAGAGAAGGAAUCCACAAUUCAUAUAUCAGCUCUCUUUUUUCCAAGCGUGAAUCCCUGGAUGGUGGCGCUGAGCGUGAUCCUAGUGAUUGUGUUAAGUUUCAUAAUCCUUGAUGUAUACCUCUUCAGAAUAACAGGAAACCUUCAACGAGAACUUGGGUGGAAAAGAGCUGUGAUCUGUCCAGGGCUGGGACAAACUGCACCACCUUUGGAAAAAGAGGAGGUGACUCUGGAUCCAGACACGGCUCAUCGAUACCUCAUCCUGUCUGAGGAUGGGAAAAGUGGAAGAUGGGCAGACGCACGGCCGGAUCUGCCCGACAAUCCUGAGAGAUUUGACACUUGGGCCUGUGUGCUUGGCCAUGAGGGAUUCAGCUCAGGGAGACACUGGUGGGAGGUGGAGGUGGGGGAGGGGAGGUGGUGGGCCUUGGGGGUGGCCAGGGAGUCUGUGGGGAGGAAGGGACAGAUCAGCUUUAGCCCCAAGGAGGGGGUCUGGGCUGUGCGGUGCUGCGGGGGCAAGUACGAGGCUCUCACUGCCCCUGAUCCUACCCCCCUGCCCCUGGACCGGGCACCCAGCAGGGUGAGGGUCUAUCUGGACUGCACAUUGGGGCGGGUGUCGUUUCUCGAUGCUGACACCGAGGCCCCGAUCUUCACCUUCCCACCAGCCUCGUUCGCGGGGAGCAGGAUGUGGCCCUGGUUUCUGGUGCUGUUUGGUGAAAUCAAUCUCAGCCAGCGCCAGUGAGAGGGAAAGGAAACGUGCAAGAUGGGACCUGUUCAUUGUCCCCUCCUGUUGGCUACAAAUGUCCAGCUCGGGAUCCUUAAAAUUGUGGUUUAUUAGGCGGAUUGAAAAACUGUAAUGAGUUAAAUCAUAAACCUUGGGGCUGGUCCC